UCAACUUUGAAGUAGCAAAUAUGUUGAAGAUUUUCACCAUCGUUGCCUUUUGCCUUUUGGCCACGCAUUGUGAGGCUCAUUGGGUUCCCCAAGUGUUUACAGAAUGUAAUAGCACCUUUGUGGAUUAUCAACUAUGCCAGGAUUUUCGAGAUAUACGCAAUCUAAUUGAUGCCAACACUCUGGUGUACUAUAUCUCAUAUGGUUACUUCAAGGACGAAAGCUUCCGCAAGGCUAUGGACUUUAUUGGCACCGAUCAAUUCCAAUCGGCUUCGCAGCAAAUUGCCGAUAGCAGAGCUUACCAGAAUAUACUUAAACGCUUUGCCGAUGCGGGUAUCAAUACCGAAAGUAUUGCCAGCAUUGAAAAUAUUUUCAAUUGUGUAAUGGUCUCGAUGCCAAAGUAUGGCGAUGAGGAUGAAAUUACUAAACUUGAAAUGGGGUCAGUGGUGGUGUCUCGAUCCAUGGUGGACGUAGCUACAAAUUUGAUGAACGCGAUUCCACGCGCCGAAUUCCGUCGCUUGAUUAGAGAGAAAUUGAGUUAUAAUACUGAGUUUGCCAGAUUCUACCGAAUCGUGCGCAGCAGUAGUUUCAAACGUGAAAUCAGGAAAUUAUUCAGUUCAUAUCAAGCGAAGUACCCGUUGAAUUUGUUGAGACGCAAGAAUAUUGAUCUGUGUAAAUUGGCUCAAAUGGCUAAUCAAAUCUUCGAGUGGGGCCCAAGUUAUUGAGCUGAUCAAGCUGCUAGUGCUGAUGGUCCUGCGUUGAUUCCUCAUAUGAAUGACAAUGCGGCAAAUCUGGAUAUUUGAAUAUAUAACUUUUGUGCGAAAUUAAAUAAUU